CCGGUCUGAACCAAUGCAUCGCCCACUGAACACUAUGAAGAUGUUUUCGACAAUCUCGGGAGAAAAGAGUUAAUGUUUUGGUCAUGUUUUUGUGUGGUUUUGGUUUCCCGCCAUCGCGACCUCUGAAGUCCACACUUCAAAGAGCGCUCGUUUUGAAAAGAGGACCAGGAAGGAUGCAACAAGUGUGAGGCUCACUGGGAUGUGACAUCUUUUAGGAUUUGGGUUGUGAAAACAAAGAAAAUACAGGCCGUGUAACAAUGAGCUGGAGUUUCCUGACUCGGCUGCUGGAGGAAAUCCACAACCACUCCACGUUUGUGGGCAAGAUCUGGCUCACCGUCCUCAUCGUCUUCCGCAUUGUGCUGACGGCCGUCGGAGGCGAGUCUAUCUACUACGACGAGCAGAGCAAGUUUGUGUGCAACACGGCCCAGCCAGGCUGCGAGAACAUCUGCUACGACUCCUUCGCGCCGCUCUCGCACGUGCGCUUCUGGGUCUUCCAGAUCAUCCUGGUGGCCACGCCCUCGCUCUUGUACCUGGGCUACGCCGUCAACAAGAUCGCCCAGGCCGAGGAGCAGGCGGACUGUGACGGAGCGAGCGGUUUGUCCCGCAGGAAAGCCAAGAAGCACUGCCUUGCUGACAGGAAGCGGCAUAGUCGGACCAAAGUGCCGCAGGAUGACGAAGAAGAAGAAGAAGACCCCAUGAUCUAUGAGGUGGCGGAGCUGGAGAGCGACGGCGGCGAUGCUGUAAAAGCAAGAACAAAGGCACGCCAUGAUGGGCGCCGGCACAUCAAAAAGGAUGGUCUGAUGCGUAUUUACAUCUUUCAGCUUAUAGCGCGCUCCGUCCUGGAGGUGGCCUUCCUGGGUGUACAGUACAAGCUUUACGGCUUUGCAGUGCCAACCACCUACAUGUGUUCAGUCCUCCCAUGCCCCCACAAUGUGGACUGCUUCAUAUCACGGCCCACCGAGAAGACCAUCUUCCUCCUCAUUAUGUACACCGUCUCCUUGCUUUGUCUGGUUCUCAAUAUAUGGGAGAUGCUUCAUCUGGGCAUCGCUACCAUCUGGGAGAUUCUGCGCUCCCGUCACAGGAACACGUGCGACGAGGAGGUCUUUGGAUUGUCAAGAGGACUGGGCCUGCUCAACACAGACGAAUACAACAGCUACCCUUCCUCCUGGAACGCACCGUCAGCCCCGCCGGGCUACAACAUCGCUAUCAAGCCUCCCAUGGUGUACACGCGGCCUCAUGACCAGCCACUCCCUACCACCCACCUCGGUAAAAAAGAGACACCGUGCCAGCAGAACGCCGCCAACGUGGCCCAAGCGAAGCGGCAGCGGUACGUCAACGGUGAAGACGAGCCGGCCGAUGCCCCCGAAGGUACCCACGGGAAGGACACCCGGCCACAGCCCCGGCAGGAAACUGACAGUCAAGCCGACACGCUGCAGCAAACCCACAGUAACAACCAGCGCAAAUCCCCGCGUGAACACUGGCAGGCCUCCAAACAUGCAUCCUCCAAGGCAAACAGAGGCGGCAGCAGCAGCAGCAGCAGCACCAACGGAAGCUUCAAAUACGGCGAAAUAAAAGACUCCGAAUGGAUUUGACUCACAUUUAAUGCAAAAAGAAAAUUGAUUUUCAUACUUGUAGUUCUAGUAAGAGUUUUCCAUGCCGAAGUGCCUUGUUUGGUAAAUGUGCGACGUAGUGUUGAGCAGUCAGGUGCACGCCUGGCUCAGGGAGAAGGACGCCCCUGGGAUUGUACCAACUAGUCCUUUCAACAAAUUCUGCAAUACACUUUAUGCAAUUAUUUACAUUGCAAUGCCUUGAACAUAACUGCUGUGUGUGUGUGUGUGUGUGUUCUUGUAUUUCUACCCUUCUUGAGACAUCAACAAGGAAAAGUACCGUCCAUAUGAGGACCGGUGAACAAGUUAGGAUCAUCAUGGUCCCAAUUUGGAAAACCAUUGCAUCUAAUAGAGAAUGUCUCAUUUGUACCCCUGCUGGUGAAAGCUAUCCAAAUUAGGGUGGUCCCAAAAAGGAGGGAUUUUUCAAACUGACUGUGUCGGUUUUAAAAGUGCCCCCCCCCCCCCCUCCUCCUCUGGUCAACAUAUAAAAUAACAAGUGUGUGUAAAAAUGUAAAGUGCUCCCCCUCUGGCCAACAUAUGUAAUAACAAGUGUGUGUAAGAAAUUAAAUUGCGCCCCCUUUGGCCAAAAUUUAUUUAAAAAAAAUGUAUAUAGAGACAUACUGUAAUAACUUGAAGUAAAUAAUGAAGAUUAUAAAACAAUUACAAACAAAACAAAAAAAUAAUUAACUAAAAGCUUACCUUUUUUAUAUUUGCAUAGUAUGUAUAUAUUAUUAAUGUUGUAAAAACAAUUAUUUAUAUGUCUAGAAAGGGUGGUCCUAAAGAGGUAGGCAUUUUUCGGAGGUCCCAAGAAGGUAAGAAAUGCAAGAAUGUGUGUCAGAAUAGAAGAAUAUUACACCUGUUCUAUUGCCCAACCAUAUUUAAUUGGUGGCAAAAACAAAUGUUUUAAACGUGUACUGUACAAUGUAAAUUGUCAUUUUUUUUCUCAUAAUGUUGACUUGUUAGCAGUCAGGCAGUGGAAUAGCAGGAUGUUUCCCUUAAACUACCAAAUACAAAUGUGUCUUUAUAGUGUUUCAUCUGUACAAAGCACUUUAUUUCUAUUAACUGUUGAGACGCUUAAGAAAUAUAAAUGUUAACUGUGUUUUUACCUUUUCAGCCUACAUAACCAUUUCUUGUGUCAGUAUUCAGAGUAACAUUGCCCC